AUGGACGGUGCAUCAACCGCAGUCGUUCAAGCCUCUCCGAUCGAGUACGAUCCAUACACGCCGGUGAACACCUCGAUCCCCUUGUCACCAUCGCACCCCGCCUACGGCGGUCCGAUGAAGAACUGCGUCGAGCCGAUCAUUCCGGCCGACCCGAACGCGCCGAAGGCGCAGGCGAUGAAGCUCCAAGGCCCCGUGUACCUCGAUCCCCUUAACUGCAUCGAGCCGAUCAUUCCGGCCGACCCGAACGCGCCGAAGGCGCAGGCGAUGAAGCUCCAAGGCCCCGUGUACCGCAAGCUGCACGCAAUGGAGACUUCCGACAACUCGGACAUUGAGGAUCUGGAAACGUUCUUCGGCUCCAAGAUGGAGGUCAACAUCCGAACGCUGCGGAGCCAAUACACCUCGGGUUCUGCUCCAACGACCCCCUGGGCUAGCAGCUACUGGUCCACCUUCCAGGAUGGCAUCAACCGCGUGUGGAAGGCUGGCGAGCCCAGCCCCUCCGAGAAGUACGCGGUUGCCGACGGCUUGAAUUCCAGCACCCCGUGCACUGCCGACGCCGACUGCACGAAUCGUAAGGACGGUAGCGUGUGCGCCAAGCGCGACGGCUCGACCGCGGGUUAUUGCAUCCCGACGUGGUUCGGCAUCUGCCACGCGUGGGCACCGGCAGCCAUCCUUGAGCCAGAGCCGCAGUGCGACGUGACCAAGAACGGCGUCACAUUCCGCGUGUUCGACAUCAAGGCGCUGGUCACGACGCUGUACGGCGGCGCGUCAAUCAGAACAGUCUUCACAGGCGCGCGCUUCAACGGCCCGGACACGCCUGCAACCAAGGACCAGUACGGCCGAUUCACGAACGCCGCGCGUCGCGACAUGGGCGCCGGCUUCUUCCACAUCGCCAUCGCCAACAUCAUGGGCAAGCAGAAGCGCUCGUUCGUCGUGGACGUCACUGCAGGCGCCGAGGUGUGGAACCAGCCCGUGCGCUCGUUUGUAGUGAGGAACAUGGACCUGGUGAACACCCGCACGGCCUCGAUGAAGUACUUCGGCAUCCCCACUUACCCGUUCAACGACAAGAUGGUGCGCUUGGCGUACGCCAAGACCACAUUCAGCUGGAUCGUCGAAUCCUACGUCGACGGACCCUUGGUGUCUACCGGCCAGGUCGACCGGUACACCGUGGCCAGAGACUACGAGUACUUGCUGGAGCUGGACGUCAACUACAACAUCAUCGGCGGAGAGUGGGUCGGCAACUCCAAGGACGACCACCCGGACUUCCUGUGGUUCCCGACUGCCAAACCCGCUGCUAACGUCGUCACGGGCGUCGGGCUAAGCUACGCCAACAUCCAGGAGCUCGUGCAGCAGUCGCUUUCGUGCAGCGCGUAG